GAAUGGACGUGUACGACAGAGAGUCUGUUUGGCACGAAGUUGCUUAAAGCCUUCAGUGGACGCUGAAACAAUUAAAAUUAUUCUAGUCAAAUAUUACAUUGGUAGUUUAAAGCCUCGUGUGUGCUUGAAGACAAAAAGUGCCUUUGUACAAAAACAAACAGUGAUAUUUAAUUUAUGAAAUCGUUAUAAACGUGUGUCGUAUGAUACUUGGAUAUUUAUAAAAAAAAGUGAUACUUGUUAGUCAGUUUAAACCCUAUAUGCACAAAGGGAUAUAAUAAGACAUAGUUAAAAUUAUUGCAAAAAUGGUUGGAAGUAACGGUACAAUGAUGGCAAUACGUGUUGUUCGCAGUAAACUGAGGAAACGCGAAGAGCACUCUAACUCUGUUCAUCCAGAGGCGCCCCAGACAAUUACGGCGGUUGUACCACCUGCUGAGCCAGUGGCGUACAGGCAACAACCCAUCUGGGUGUUCCCGCCGAACCCGCCGCAGCCCUUCCUGUACAGCAGCAAUCAGGACACCCUGUCACAAAAUUUGAGCCGCAGCGGUAGCUUCCGUAAGAACUUAGGCGGUCGCUGGAAAAGAUUUGUCAAGGGAAAACCUCAACAGGAUUCCCAUGCUAUACCACCUGAAUUGAAACCUCAGCUGAAACAGAUAUUUGUCUACUGAAAUAUCUGCUUCUAGUACAUAUUAGUAAUAAGUGGCCAUCAAAGAUAUUAAAAUUAAUUUGCCAGUCCUGUUUAUUGAGGGAAGAACUUCAAAAUCAUCUAUUACAAGGAUUAUUUCAAGUGCCAUUGGUAGAUAAAACAUAAAGUAGAUAUACCUUAAUGCCAGGAGUAUAUAUAUAACUAAUGAAAAAUGAACUAAAUUUGAACUGGAUUUCAAAUUUUGACUGGAUCUGUAACUUUUUGUAGUUCCCUUCUAUUAAAUAGGAUAUUUGUAUUCAUCGCAUUUUAUGACCUGAAGGAGGUCAAAUAUUCCACUGUUUCUUUUGCAUAAAUUUUAUUAAGUGAUAGUAAGAAUUUUAUACUUAGGGUCUAAUCAAAAGAGCCGUCACACUUAUUUUUUCUAAUUUCAUAAUUAAAAAUUGGCUAUAUUUGUCCCUAAGUUGUAAAGUUCUUAGUUUAUUGUAAAUAUUAUAUUUAUAGCGUAUAGAUUCAUUUUUCAUUGUUGUGAUUGACUUAAUUGAUUUGACAUACUGUACUUGAGAUAUUGACAAAUUGCACUUUGUACUGUGAUAAAAUUAACAAAUGCAUUUGUAUGGAUCAUUGUUUAUUUAUGUUAGUAACAGUGCAAUUAGUUUUAAAUAUUGAAUUUUAAAUUUUCGACUCAUAUUGAGUUUAUAAUGCGUAUCACAUUUCAUUGAUUCAAAUUGUGUGAACGAGUUUGAUUGUGAUGUAUGGACAUUAAUUUUAAUAUUAAACUUAAUCAGUAAUUUAAAAAAAUUCCAAUUAUUAGGUCAGUAUUUUAGAGAAGGAUUAUGUAUCAUUUUAGCACAAUUGU